AUGGGUAUCUCUCGCGACUCCCGUCACAAACGUUCCGCCUCCGGCGCCAAGCGUUCCUACUACCGGAAGAAGCGCGCUUUCGAGGCCGGCCGCCAGGGUGCCAACACCAAGAUCGGCGCCAAGCGCGUUCAUACCGUCCGCACCCGCGGCGGUAACCACAAGUACCGUGCCCUCCGUCUCGACUCGGGCAACUUCGCCUGGGGCUCCGAGGGCUGUACCCGCAAGACCCGUGUCAUUGCCGUGGCCUACCACCCUUCCAACAACGAGCUCGUCCGCACCAACACCCUGACCAAGUCCGCCGUCGUCCAGAUCGAUGCCGCUCCCUUCCGUCAGUGGUACGAGGCCCACUACGGCCAGGGCAUCGGCCGUCGCCGCCAGCGUGCCCAGGCCGCCAAGGAUGGCAAGACCGAGGAGGAGGAGAAGAAGAGCAAGGCUGUCGAGAAGAAGCAGUCCGAGCGCUUCGCCAAGCAGGGCAAGGUCGAGAGCGCCAUCGAGAAGCAGUUCGAGGCCGGUCGUCUGUUCGCCGUUAUCUCCAGCCGCCCCGGUCAGUCUGGCCGCUGUGACGGCUACAUCCUCGAGGGUGAGGAACUCGCCUUCUACCAGCGCAAGCUUCACAAGUAA